UAAUAGAUUUAAGACUGUACUUGUACAAUGCGCUAAGCCAAUAUCUUUCCAUUAAAACUCCUGUCUGGCUAUUACAUCACUUUACUACAUAAUACGUCUACGUUCAACGUGUGCUGUUUUAUGUAAAAAGGUCAUGCGCUGUGAACCGUAUCUUGUAUUACGUCAUAAUACCGCCUGUGUCACAACUUAACGGGUAAAAAUCUCUAAAAAUCAGACAUUAGUUUACUUUACACACAAAAGUACAGCUGUUAAAAUAAGGCAUUGGCGAAACAAGAUGUUUUCAUUUUGGGAGACAGUAACUAGCUCUGAUAUACCCGUAUUUAGCGAUGAAGACCAAGGAAAAGCAUCUCCAGUACCAACAGUCGCAGAAAUAUCUAGUUUGACCGAAGAUCUGAAUAAACAGAAUAACACGGAUGUUCCUUGCGGAAGUGGUAUGCCAAUUUGGUGCAAAAUGGACCGAAAUCCCAAUGAUCAAAAAGUCGGCAAAGGUGUUAAAUUCAACACACCGGACAGGCGAUUAGCCCCCAGUAAUUUUCGCGCUGUACAGUUUCAGCCUUUUCAAGACGAAAGGGAAACUGCUGCGAAUCUUGGCGUAUCUUUUAGAAAAAUGGAGACUGGCGAAACUGCGGUUGCACGCAUGAAACGUUUGCUUGACCAGCAGAGACAAAAACAAAACAGUAGUUGUAAUACCAUGGGAGCUAACCUACACAGUUCGACAGCAGCAAAUCUUUGCGAUAGUGCGAACACGGCAAAUGAAGAAGAAAGUUACUUUUACGAUGUUCCAAUUGGAGAAUGUACUAACGAUAGUAAAUUCGAUAAAACAGGCAUGGUAAACGAAAGUCUGGAGGAUUUACAACUGUUUAUUAAAUCUUCAAAACAAUAUUUUGCCCCCGACGAGACAUUGCCGAGUGUGCCCCAUGCACAAGCGAAUAAAGACGAAAAACAAAAACAAACUAUGCCUUGCCGUGCAAAACAAUGCUGCGCAAGAAACGACCCAAACCCUGAGUGUCAAAGAGGCAAUCGCAAAGCACUUGUUGAUCACGUCGCUCAGGAUUAUGAAGAUUACAAAUGGGAAGACGAUUAUGUAAAGAAUGAAAAAACCGCUGAGCCUGAGUUGCAACCGUGUGGUUCAAAUCAAGAAUUCGAGUUUUUUCGAAGAAAAUCCAGAGAAUACAUCAUAGACCAAAACGAAAACAUGCCUCCGGCCAAGUCAGGAACAUCAAGAGACAUGAUAUCAGAACCAUGUCGAUCAGAUGCUUGUUGUGCCGCUGAUAUCACAGAGAACCCUCUUUAUCAACCAGUCGACCGAGACGUGUCUUUUCCACGAAACCUACACCCCAUAACAAAUAAAAGAUCUAUUCUCGGUUACUUUCGGCAAAAGGCGCACGAGUUCGGUUUUUCCGGCGAAGCGCAGCCGCAAAUACACAAUGACGUCGACCCGAUACUGCCAGCUGAACGACGAGACAGCUUAAACCAACGCCGCAACAGCACUAAUCAAGAUAAACCACUGGCAACACAAGACGCAACGGAUCUUACAGUAUCGCCCUCCGAGUCAACAAUUGCAUCUUUUCUUGCGCAAGACAUUGAAGAAAACCACAUCAAGACAACGUUGUCCGACUUAUUAGUCAAGCGCGGAGUACCAGCUGCCCUAUUGGAAACAGUCACUGAGGGGGAAGGUCUACCGUUCACCACAGUCCCAAAAGACACAGCGGUACAAUCCACACAAUGUGUGUCAGGUAUUUGUCCCGAUGAACCGAGAUGUAUUCGUAGGAUUACCUCAGAUGAAAGAUGUCCUUCUAAAUUAAGUACAAUCACUCAGGAGAGCAGAGGAAAUCAACCCUGCAAGAUGUUUCAUAUUCUGAACAUUGUCGUACAGAUAUUUAACAUUGUAUUAACUCUUGGUCUUUUGGGAACUGCAGGUUAUACUGUCGCACUGUAUUGGCAAGUUGCUACGCUUGCUCAAGAAGUUAUGCAAGAGCUGAAUGAAUGGCACUCAGCACAACAAUCAUGAUGUCCCUAAGCUAGCUGGUUCAACUGGGUACACAGAGUUUGCUCUUUGCUAGGUUUUAUUAUUGCAGAUUACAAACAGAGAGAAAACAGGUUUUGUAAACAAUGAGUUGGCAACAAUAGCAGAAGUAGGUCACAAAUUUUAGAAUAACACUUCAAACUUCUUUUACAGCAAAGUGGAGAGACAAAUAAGCUCGCAUACCAUUUUUUAAUUCAUCUUGUUAAUAGUUGAAUAUUAUGCAUACUAAAACAUACUGUUUAAACUUUAAAUUUGAACAGUAGAUAGAAAAUACAUUGAACUUCGACAAAAUAUUC